AUGGAUCAUCUUUUCUCAUAUUCUUGGAACACUUCACCGGCAAAGGCUGAUGAGAUUGCGAAGUUGAUGAAUGAAAAUGAGCACCUGAAAGCUGUUAUUGAGGAAUUGAAGAGAAAAUCCAAUGAUGCAGAAAUUGAGUCUUUGAGAGAGGAAUACCACCAACGGGUUGCAACUCUUGAAAGAAAGCUACUAGAUUCCGUAGUAAUUUCUUACAUCUUCUACUUGCUUGAGAUAAGUGGAAAAAAGGCUUUUGCUGUUUUGGAGCCAGUGGGUGUCUCUGGACUUGAUGAGGGAUUUGUUGAUGAUGCAUUAGUGGGUUCUGGGAGGAGGAAGGACCAAUAUGUUUAUGCUCUUACAAAGGAAAGGGAUACACUCAGGAGAGAGCAGAAUAAAAAAAGCGAUGCUGCUGCUCUUUUGAAGGAAAAGGAUGAAAUCAUCAAUCAGGUUAUGGCUGAAGGUGAAGAGCUUUCGAAAAAGCAGGCUGCUCAAGAAUCUACUAUUAGAAAAUUAAGAGCUCAGAUUAGAGAGCUUGAAGAAGAAAAGAAAGGUUUGAUGACCAAAGUUCAGGUGGAAGAGAAUAAAGUAGAGAGUAUCAAAAAGGACAAGACAGCUACAGAGAAUUUGCUGCAAGAAACAAUAGAAAAACACCAAGCAGAGCUUUCGGCACAGAAAGAGUAUUAUACGAAUGCUUUAUCUGCAGCCAAGGAGGCUGAAGCACUAGCAGAGGCGCGUGCUAAUAAUGAAGCCAGAACCGAAUUAGAGAGUCGUCUAAGAGAGGCAGAGGAACGUGAGACCAUGCUAGUUCAGGCACUGGAUGAAUUAAGACAAACUUUGAGUAGAAAGGAGCAGCAGGCUGUUUUUAGAGAAGACAUGCUACACAGGGACAUUGAAGAUCUUCAAAAACGUUAUCAAGCAAGCGAGCGACGUUGUGAGGAGUUGAUUACUCAAGUUCCUGAUUCUACGAGGCCUCUCCUAAGGCAGAUAGAAGCCAUGCAGGAAACAACAGCAAGAAGGGCUGAAGCCUGGUCUACUGUGGAAAGAUCUCUAAACUCUCGACUCCAGGAAGCAGAGUCCAAAGCUGCUGCUGCCGAGGAAAGAGAGCGAUCUGUGAAUGAACGCUUGUCUCAAACCUUAUCUCGAAUUAAUGUUCUUGAAGCGCAGAUUUCUUGUCUCAGGGCCGAACAAACACAGUUAGGUAGGUCCCUUGAAAAGGAAAGACAGAGAGCAGCUGAAAAUAGGCAGGAAUACCUUGCAGCCAAGGAGGAAGCUGACACUCAAGAAGGUCGUGCAAACCAGCUCGAAGGACAAAUUAAGGAACUGAGGCAGAAACACAAGGAAGAGUUACAAGAUGCACUAACACACAGAGAGCUUCUACAACAGGAAAUUGAAAGAGAGAGAGCUGCUCGGUUGGAGUUGGAAAGGACAGCUCGCAUCCAUUCUGCUGCUGCAUCUGAUCAAACUCCGAUCGCAAGGAGCAACUCUGCUUUUGAGAAUGGAAACUUAACCCGAAAGCUCUCGAGUGCUAGCAGCCUGGGCAGCAUGGAGGAAAGCUAUUAUCUGCAAGCAUCUUUGGACACAUCCGACAGUCUUUCUGAACGGAGAAAUUUUGGAGAGGCAACCAUGAGUCCGUACUACAUGAAGAGCAUGACACCUAGUGCUUUUGAAUCUGCCCUUCGUCAGAAAGAGGGUGAACUUGCAUCAUAUAUGUCUCGUUUGGCAUCCAUGGAAUCUAUCCGUGACUCUCUUGCAGAAGAGUUGGUCAAAAUGACGGCACAGUGUGAGAAAUUACGGGCAGAGUCUGCCCUUUUGCCUGGUAUACGGGCAGAACUAGAUGCACUGAGACGAAGGCACUCUGCUGCCCUGGAGUUAAUGGGUGAACGUGAUGAGGAGUUGGAGGAACUUCGUGCCGAUAUUGUGGACUUGAAAGAAAUGUACAGAGAGCAAGUAAAUUUGCUUGUGAACAAGAUCCAAAUACUAAUAUUUACUAUUUAUCUUGCAUUUACUAUUUAUCGUGAAGCUCAUGGUACAGUUGUAGGAUGGCUGGUAGAUGUUGAUUUCGUUCAAACUUUUGUUCUCUAUACUUGGUGUUUCACGGCUGCUGGUUUCUUCAAGUGUUUUGGCAAGGAGAUAUUCGGAGAUCCAUUUUCAUAA